UCAUUUUCUGUGUGCGGUACGACUUGACAAGCUUGGAACGAGCUUUUGUUGGGUUGCCGUUGGCGAAAGUUGUGGAUACUACCUGUUUGUUUUUUUGGUACUGUGGCAGAGUCAGGGUUUCUAGCACAGCGUCACCUACUUCCUAGAAGUAUUGAGAAAUGAGAUAAGUCUAAAGAGGUCAAAGCAAAACUUCCAGGACAUAGAACAACUUUAUUGUUUUUUUGUUACGUCAGAAGGUUUACGUCUAGAAAAAUGACCUCGUUGUCGUUUUGCGUCUUUCUUUUGUGUCUGCCGUUUUAUUCUUCAGCCAGUACAAACGACAGACCCAUUAUUGGUGUUCUGGCUCAAGAUCUUCGCACACCAAGAGAAAACUACACCUCUUACAUCGCCGCCUCUUAUGUGAAGUUCCUGGAGUCGGCAGGAGCAAGGGUUGUACCCGUCAUGAUUAACAAGACAGCGGAGGAGUAUAAGACGCUGUUUAACUCCAUUAACGGGAUCCUCUACCCAGGCGGAUCUGCCAGCAUCGUCUCAUCUGGCUAUCAAAGAGCUGCAAAAAUCUUUUAUGAGAUGGCUAUUGAGGCAAACAAGAAAGGCAACUAUUUCCCCGUGUGGGGAACGUGUCUUGGAUUCGAGCAGCUGACCCUGUUGACGACUGGAAGGUUGCUGCUGACGCGUACCAAUACAACCGCUGUGGCGUUACCUCUGGACUUCACUGACGAAGCCAAAGACAGCAGGAUCUUUAAAGGCUUCCCAGCUGAACUCAUGGAAGAUCUGGCUUCGGAGCCGCUGACAGACAACUCUCACAAGUGGAGUGUGUCAAUGUUGACUUAUAACACGACUGAAGAGCUGAAGAAGUUUUACAAAGUUCUCUCCACAAAUACGGACGGAGACACAGAGUUUGUGUCGACAAUGGAAGCGUAUGAUUACCCAAUUUAUGGGACACAGUGGCAUCCGGAGAAAAAUGCAUUUGAGUGGAAGAAGCCACACUAUCCACACUCCCCGUCAGCGAUCAAGACCACCUUCUACACGGCUGAUUUUUUCGUCAAUGAAGCCAAGAAGAACCGGCACAGAUUUCAAUCCGAGGAUGACGAGAGCAAAGCGCUGAUAUACAACUACAGUCCUGUUUACACCGCGACCAGGAGCGUCUUCCAGCAAAUGUAUUAUUUCUGAUUUGAUUCCGGAGUGCUCUUCCUUUUUAUCGGCUGACUAGCUGUCUCGAUCGCGUGAUCUCGUCACUUCAUCUGUUGAAUCUGCAACUAAAACAAGUUGUAAACCAGAAAACUGACAAAUCUAUGCGUGCAAAAUAAUCCCUGAUGCUGGAAUGAAACAAAAAAAAAGAGGGAAGGUAUGCUCUGUGACUGCUGUAAUGAAAUACUAUUAUAGACAAUCAACAUACAGUUGUGAUAUUUUAAGGAUUUUUUCUAGAUUUGAAUGUUUGUACACAUAACAACAUAAAAGAGAAUUUCUUAAAGCUGCAUUUUGAUGAUGAAAUAUAAAUCUAUUGCUGUUAGCAAUAAUCAAAUGACCCUGUUUCAUGGUUUUCCAGCCUGUAAAAACAUUAGAUAUAUAGAUAUUUUUCACUUUCCACUACCUGCUCAGCACUGGACAGUAAAAGACAGUGAACAUGUAACAACUACAAAGGCAGAAUAUUACUCUCAGGAUUUAUUGGAGACCAAAACAGAGUAAAUGUUGGACCUAACAUUCAAUGGGUUGCCAGAAACAUCGCUCCAAAUGAAUGCUAAUGUUGCCUAAAGUCUGCAAGAUGUGUAAACAGUUGCAGUUGUCUGAUAACGUAACAACUUUAUACAGUGAUAACAAGUCAAUGUUUGGUUUUUUGCUUGCUCCGCUGCCCCCAAGUGGCCAAAAAAACAAUAUACACAGCUUUAAAACUCACAAAACAUGAGCCAAAGAAAAGACUGAAGGCUGAUAAAAUAUCAUUUUCUUUUAUUCUAACAUUUACCUUCAUGCCACAAUCUGACAUUAAUCUCCUUCUAUGCUUUGGAUAACAAAGUUGAGUGUCUUUGAAAAAAGUCCUCAACCACUGGCAAAGAAAGUUCGAUGUUGCCAUUGGCAUUUAUAAAGUCCACUUUCAGUUCAAGGACAGCAACAGGAGAACAGAAAUGAAUUAGUCAAAUGUAACUUCCAAAAUGCUUUAUGCACAAAUAACACUCAGGUAAUAUUGAUUCUUUUUAACUUUUUUUUUCUUUUAGAAUAAAAUGAUAUUUGAAUAACAUUUACACACCAAGCUGACGAGACUGGGAUCUCAAUCACAAUACUACUGGAAAUGUAAUUUAUGCAAUCCAGUAAGAAACAUUCAAGAUGUCAAAAUUACCAUGUGGAGUUGAGCUAUUGGGGGAUAGUGCUGCAAAUAACCUCUUAACAUGCACUGAAACGGAACACAAAUGGCCAUUCAAAUAAUAAUUUAAUAAAAAAA